UCGGGCUCCCCUUCGUACCUGCCACGCCGUGUUUACUUUGACCUUCUCCUUCCUCUUCGGAGGACAACAUCUAUCGCCAGGAAAGCGGGUCCUCAACCCUUCCCGGCAAUACUUUUGCCUCGAGUCUUCCUUCCCUGCUUGGUCUUUCCAAGUUGUGUGCCUUUCGUUUCUCUCAGCCUUGGAAAAUCUGCCCUCUACUCUUCCUUUUCCGUCCGCUGCCUCGUCCAGCCCUUUCCAACUUCUACCCUCCACCUCGCUCUACUUUGGUACCCCGCAUCCUCCAACCUUGGUUUCAUCUCGCUCGACUUUGUCCCGUUCCCAUUAUCCAUUCCACGCCGGCCGGCGACCUGGGUACAAUCCCGCCUUCCCAGCUUGUAUCUAUCCUACAGCCUGAGCGCUUGCUCCUCACUCAGCCAUGGCUUCUCGUAACCAGAUUGCCAACAAACCCAUCGUGGGCUCACAGCCAUUGGCUCAUCACAAGGACACAUUUGAGCCCAGCACAAAAACAUUCGAUGGCUGGAAAGCCUCCCCGCUGCCAUCUAUACGUCUGCCCGAACCUUCUGGUCCUUCGUCUAUCAAGUUUCUGAAGUUUAGCGGGAUCGACAACCUUUCGAGAGUUGUGGACUUUAAGCUGUCUCCCGAUGAACCUUUGGAUAUGAAUGCGGUACCGGAUGGCUACGCUCUCCUCAAGGUCACUGGGCGAUGUCCGAUGAAGACCCAGGUAUUCCAGGUCCGCAUGAAGACAGUCUCCGACGCGUCGAUUCGCUGGGCACAAGAAUUCAAAAAUUCCCCCAACCAGCGAGCAUGGGAAGUUCACGCACGACCUGAGUUUAUAAGCGAUCUCAUGACGAUUCUCCAUUCUGGGUUCCUGCCGUAUGGUCCACGCAGAAGUUGCAAAGACGUUCUCGCUCUGUGCUACCUUGCCCGGCAGCACUUCAUAAUGGACAGAGUCAGAAGAGACCUGAACACUUUACUGCAUGCCAGUACUGCCAUGACCGAUCAAGAGUUAUGGUACAUGGUCCUCGCAGCACAACCACUGUGCUGUGACAACCAGAAAAUUGGCCACCUUGCAUUCAACAUCUUGGUCUGGCGGAAAGCAGGCUCCUUCUACCCCCUCCGCGAGACUCAAUUCUUGGAAGAGGACCACCUGUUCCACUAUGAAGAGAGCAAAAUGAUCGCGGAUAUGGAAGAGCAUCGUCACUCAUUCACCCUUCAGCUUUGUGAGGCGGCGAGCAUGGUUGACCCGAGUCUGUUGCGGACCAUCUUCCUCCGCCCAGGCAAAGAUCGGUCGCUCUGGGAGAAGCUCACCUAUUUGCAGCAAUUCUGCCAUCUAAAGUUCCCCAAACUCCCACUCGGAAGCGGAGAGUGGUCCUUUGAAGCUGUUCUCAAUCAAGAGUCCCUACAGAUGGCUGUCGUCAGGGAUGACAUUGUCGACGGAUCUCAUCACUUGUACGGAGAGAGACUCUGGUCCGUGCUACGGGACAUUUGGCUUCACAUUGCCGAGAUUUCCAACGAAUACGUCCUCUCGUAGGUGCACCGGGCUUUCCUUGGUGACCGCCUUCACAUUGUUACAAAUACCGUUAUUACCGCUUUGUCAUGGCAUGCGGCAGAGACCGAACGACAAAGGGAACACGGGCAUGAAUGUUGACUCACAGUUGAUCAUUGUACAAUUAUUGGGAAUGGCGUUUGGAUCGGG